AUGGCGAUCAUAUCGCUAUCUCUGCUUUCCCUUUUUCUUCAUCUCCAGUCAGCAGUAGCUGUCAAACCCACUCCACCCUCGCCAUGUGCCGUCUCUUGCCAAUCUGCACUGCAGGAGGCUGGCCUUUGGUCUCAAAUCCAUGACUUGCGCCAGCUCAAUGCCUGCGAUGACACCACCGUCUUUGAGAUGGCCAUCUACAACAAAGUCGAUGACCCAAACACGCAUUUGACUCUCAAAGCGUGUUCCGUUCCGAAAAAUUCGGCCUCUGUUCGCCGAGAGACAGCGGUAGCGGCCGACAUCUCAUCGUCCACCAAAGGUUGCACCGACGAGGCCGAGAUCACCCAAACCAAGGUAGAUCUUCAGCGCGUAGUGCGGGACGCCUCAGAUCAGACAAUUUCUCUUGACGACGUUUCCAAAGCGGCCGAUGCUCUAUCCGCCCAUUUGGGUAAGGAGACCAACUGCAGAACGACCGCCCUAUUCGCCAAAUCCGGCUCUACUAUCAUCGGAAUGUACGCGGGAGCAGCUAUCCAGAAAGGCAGCGCGAUGGCCCUCCUGGAUAGAUUCUCCUCAGAGCUUCAGUCGGAUCCGCGUGGCAGCCAAGCGUCGGUGCAACUCUGUGGUGACCGACGCCAAAGCUCGCUUGUCACCGGUAUUUUUGUCGAUAACAGGGGCAAUGUGUCGGCCGUUCAGGAGGCCGUCCGAACAUGGAGCGAUGCCGGCUGCAUCACGAACUACGAUGAAGAACACACCAUGAGCGAGGUGGAGAUUGGAUUGCUACCCAUCCUCUCUAUUCCCUUGUCUAGAGUGAGAACUGAGAUGGAUAAUGGUAGCAGAAAGGAACUAGAAGCUCGAUCUCUAACGGCUCGCGCCGAGUGCAAAGCCGUCGAAGUGGUUUCUGGUGACAGCUGCUGGUCUAUCACCCAAAGCUGCGGCAUUACCCAACAAGAACUCGAGAAAUACAAUCCCAUCGACAGGUUAUGUGAACCUAACGUUCUCCAGAUCGGGCAGACGCUCUGCUGUUCCGAAGGAAGUCUCCCGGACUACUCGCCUAAGCCAGACGCUGAUGGGAAUUGCCUUGCACACACCAUUGUCAAAGAUGACACCUGCGCCAAGCUUGCAGCGCAGUACAAGACCACAGUUGAUAAAAUCAUCGAGGCCAAUAAACAAAGCUGGGGUUGGGUGAAUUGCGAAAGCCUCGGUGAGACCCAGGUCAUUUGUCUGGGCCCUGUUCCACCCCCGAUGCCGUCCAUCAACCCAGAUGCCCAAUGCGGCCCGCAGAAGCCUGGUACGGUGAGACCGCCAGACGGAACGAAUCUGGAAGAGCUGAACCCGUGCCCGCUGAACGCCUGUUGUGAUGCCUGGGGAAUGUGCGGGAUCACGGAAGAGUUCUGUACGCCAAGCCCGGCCGAUUCGGGGGCGCCGGGAGCCACGAAGCCCGGGACCAACGGUUGUUUCUCGAAUUGUGGCACGGAUAUUGUCAAUAACGAUCAGCCGCCUAAAGAUCCGUUCAUCAACCUCGCCUACUUCGAGGCGUGGAACAUGGAGCGGCCCUGUGCCAAUCUUGACGUUCUAAACAUCCCCGACCGAUACACCCACGUCCACUUCGCCUUUGUGGAUGUUACUCCCGACUUUGCCAUUGACACUUCCAAAGUGCAAGAACAAUGGGAUCGCUUCCUAAAGCUGGAGCACGCCAAGCGCAUUGUCUCGUUUGGCGGCUGGGCCUUUUCCACCGAGAAUGCAACCUAUAAGAUCUUCCGGCAGGCCGUUACGAAGGACUACCGAGAACAGUUUUCCACCAACUUGGUCAACUUCAUAGAGUCUAACAACUUGGAUGGUGUUGACUUUGAUUGGGAGUAUCCAGGAGCGCCAGAUCUCCCGCUGCCGAAGAGCAAGACGGUCGCUAUAGCGGCACCCGCUUCUUUCUGGUAUCUCAAAGCCUAUCCGAUGGGUGAGAUUGCUAAGAUUGUGGAUUAUGUUGUUUACAUGACUUAUGAUCUCCACGGGCAAUGGGAUUAUAAGAACUGGUGGGCGAGCCCUGGUUGCUCCCCGCAGUCGGAAGGCUUAGGAAAUUGCUUGCGAUCACACAUCAACUGGACGGAGACAGAAAGCGCCCUAUCCAUGAUCACCAAGGCCGGCGUUCCGUCGACAAAGGUAUUAGUCGGAAUCACCAGCUACGGUCGAAGCUUUAAGAUGGCAGAAGCCGGUUGCACGGGACCGCAGUGUAGGUUUGUCGGAACCGGCGAAAAAUUCGAAUCCGCGGCGCUUCCCGGAGAAUGCACGGGCACAGCAGGUUAUUUAUCGGAGUACGAAAUUCGACAGAUCAUCCGCAUGGCCGAAUACCCAGGGGAAACGUGGCCGGACUGGGAUAUCGCAGACGAUGAGGAGUCGACCGAGGACUUAUAUGUGUCUGAGCCUACCUUUGAGACUUGGUACGACGAGGACUCUCAGUCCGAUAUCCUCGUCUAUGGCGAGACUGAGUGGGUGGCAUGGAUGGACGACGUCACGAAGCGCGAGCGCGUGGAAAGGUAUAAAGCGAUGAACUUUGCUGGCGUUUCGGACUGGGCCGUCGACCUUUCAGUCGGUUACGAUUUCACAAAGGAAAAUGAAAACGACGGACAGGAAGAAGGGGUGGACCCAUGCGACCUAAACCGCAGUUUCAAUGACCUCCAGGACCUCGAGCAGAAUGGUGCCGACCUCUCAAACCAUUGCGCGGGCAUCCACGCACUCAAGAUCCUCCGCAGCAUGCUCACCGAAGCGGUGGGAAAGUACGACAAUCUGGACCAAAACUACGACUCUCGAUUCAAAUACUACGAGGAAGCAAUGAGAGGGAUGGCCAAGAGUAACUUGGGUAAAUGCAUGGCCUGGUCCAGUAACGGACCUUGUAAUAAGUAUUUUACGUGCUCUUGGUCUGAGAAUAACCAGGAGAAGGCUAAGGGAACAUGUCCGCUAUCUGGCUAUAAUGCGAACGAUCUCGCAACCUUUACGCUUACCUAUCAACUCAACGACGAAGAUGGCUUCUACAAAACCCUGCAAGAAGAGUUCGGCGUUAGCAAGGACUGGGUCAAAAUCGAAGACGUCACCAUAAAGGACAAGUGCAUCGGCACCGCACCUCCGCCGGGAGCGAACCCUCGACCGGUGUCUGAGGAACCGAUAAGCCGAAGACAAUGCGAGAAAUUCCAGAAGGAGUAUAAGGGGUAUCCCGUGAUACGCGACGACGCCGAGAUCCCCAACCCAAAAGAAGUCGUUAAAGCGGCCAAGGAAAAUCUCGACGAAAUGAAUCUGGAGCUUACCGUAUCCUCGAUCGAGCUUCUCCUUGGACUUUGGGAGGGCGAGGUCAACGAACUCGUUGAGGUUAUGGCGAUGCCGGUGUUGCUGGUGGUGCAGUCGAUAGAGUCAAUGGAGAAAGUGAAAGAGAUUGGCGAGGAGAUUGAGGAGCAGAAGAGGGAGCAAAAGAUGAAGGAUAUCAUCUUCGGAGUCUUGAUGGCGGCGUUCUUCCUUAUCCCUGUUGCGGGAGAGGCGGCUUUGGCUUUGGGCUGGACUACGCUCACAAUUGCCCGGAUAGCCGCCAUCAUCGGCCUGGCGGGAGAUGCGGCGCUGUCGGCAUAUAGUGCCGUCGAGGAUCCGGAAUCAGCUCUCUUGGAAGCACUGCUCAUGCUCAUUCCGGGACGUGGUCUUACGAGGAACAAGGACAAUGUUUCUAACAUCUUUAAGAAGAAGAAGGCCGGAGGGGGCGAGGCUCUCCGAGCCAUGGGAGACCUGUGGAAGAAGCACGACACAAGCAUUCAGAAUAUUGUUAGCGUGUGUAGGAGGAAAUGA